AUGCUGUUCCUGGCAUUUCUUUUGCAGCUUUUCCUGGGUUCAUGUUUCUCAGAGAAAGUUUGGGAUCCAACUGAUCCAAGAUGCGAAGAGCGAAGACAAGAGGUCAAACAAGCUUGGAAUGAUUAUUAUCUGGGACAAGCCUACAGUUGGAUAGACCGAUAUGGCAGUAGAAGUUUACCGGCUUUCAUAACCAGUUCUUACUAUGUCUACAUCAAUGCAUUUUCCAGUAUGCCAUUAAAGAUUCAGGUGCUACAGUGUACCCUGAUUAGAUUGCCUCACCUGAUAACUCAGUAUAUAGCUUUUCUAUUGAUUCUGAAUAAUGUUCUCUUUUAUUGCAGUCCUUCCAAAGUCCGAGUUCUGUAUAAAUCGAUGAUUGAAGGCGUUUUAAAGAAAGGCUGUGAUGAUUACGAAGCGAACAAGAAAUCUAGCUAUUAUAGAUGUUGGUCCAAAGAGUUCCUGUGUGCUGCGAAAGAAGUCGUCAGGAAAACCGUUGACAGUUAUAUCAUGAAGGAAGGCAAUCUUCAACGCAAUUGGUACAGCUGGUUUGAAGCACCAUGGGGCAAACAGCCCGAUGUUUUAGAACAGGAGAUUAACUGGGUUACGAAAAUGCGCUGGAAUCACCCCCGACUUCUCUACUGGGCCAAAACUGAUCUUGAACAACUUGGCAAAGAAAUGCUCGAUCGAGUCUUCUACUACGUUGAAAAGAACAAUAUCAAUAGUUUAGAACUGGUUUUUAAACACUAUAACUCCAGCGGCACGAUGGAUCUUAUGAAAGAACAGUGCGAAAGCAUGGACAGGGACGAUACCAAAAUGCAAUGUAAGUUAGCAGUAGUCUUUGAUAGGUUAGCAGAGUUGAUGAUAGAUCAUGAAAAUAUACCAUGGGAUCCCAGCCCUGACGGGGAAGAGGGGCCCCCUAGAGUCAGGGAGGAACUAUCUAUGUUGUAUCUUCUCCAGCCUAAAGUCUAUGAAAUCCUAAACAUUGCGUCCAACGCCAGAAAUAAGACCCUCUGUCACCGGUUAAUGACAAUGUUCCAAAGUGUCUAUGAUAAUGCCCUAAAUCAGGAUGGCAACAAAAUUAAGGACCAUUUCGGUGAAUUCGGCUCCAUUUCUGCAAGUAUGAAACUCGAAUGUACAGACACCUACAAAAAUGAUUUUGAGCAACUCACGUGCUACUUGGCUGAGACGUUUGUACGUAUGGAAAAACUAAGGAGUGUCUUAGGGCCAAAUUAUGACAACUGGCAGUCGAGUGAAUCGCAAAGCAUGCGAGCUGUUGUUCUAGUUUGGCUUUUAUUGGCACCUAAAGGCAAUUUCUAUGUCAAAGCCGAUGCACUUAAGACAGCUCAGACUGCGAAAGAGUUGCUGAAAAUCAUGUAUAACAAAAUCCGAGAAAAUGACCUCACCGGCCUUCAAGAUAUUGCCGAUUUAGUCCCCAACGAGAAUCAAAUGGGACUGACCAGUAGUGAUGAAUGUGCCCCCAGUUUUGAAAAAAUUAGUAGGAGCAUGGAAUGCGGUUUUAAGAUCCCCAAGGAGAACGUUGCAGUUUUUCUUGACCAGUACAGCAGCAGGGAUCGUAGAACAAAAAGUCUGGAUCUGAGCGUCGAUCAUAAAACCCGGUUAACCCAGUUUCAAAUUUCUAGCAUCAAAGGUGCAGUUGAAAAUACCAAGCUAGAGCUGCAAAGCUCGCUGGAAAAGUUCACUGGAGAGAUAAAGAAAUAUUUCAAGGCGUCAAUAGGCAGUCGUUUCGCACAUUUGCGUGAUUAUUUCACAAAGGUUGCCAAGUUUGACAAAGCAAUUGCCCGGGCAGAUACAAUUUUCAUAACCGGCAAAUUGGACGAAUUCAAAAAGACGGCAGCAGAACUUCAGAAAAAACUAGAAUAUGAUACUUCUAAGCUGCAAAUGGAGGGUACUAUAAUCGAAUCUAUUGAUGCUACUUUUAUGUGGUUAAAAGUCAUUGGUUCGGGUAUUUCGGCAAUAAUGGGGGUCAUGGGGGGAGACUUUGGCGGCUUCGCGGACACGGCUGAUCGUAUCGAUGCCGCCGCCAGGGCAACGCUCGAGGCAGUCAAGGGCGGUGCAAUUCGUGAGCAAAUAACAAUAGCCACAGACAAGUUCAGGAUAAUUGGAGAAGGAUUUCAGAAAAAUAGAGUUCACUUAGAAAAUACCAAGAAAAUCAUUGCUAAGCUCGAGGCGGAAGAAACUAGUAGUGAUGAAUUUAAGAAAAUACAAAAAGAAUUUCUGACGAGCUAUAACGACUACACACCGCAGGUCUCAGAAGCUCAAAUAGCUGAGCUAGACGCUGCCUGGAACGCAGUAGUCGAUAAUUUGGAAACCUUAAUAGAUUCCGUGGAGACAAAAGAGGCCAUUGCUGGUGCAACGUACAUCUUCGUAGGAAAUCACCUUUUUAAACUCAAAAUCGCUGUACCUCAACUUGCGCAAACCCUUAGCAAUCGGUUUGAUUACCAAUUUGAAUUGAUGGACAGUUUGAUGGCAACGGUCCGGGCAUACACAUCAAUGCAAGCGGCAAAAGGUCUAGAGCAAGGCUUCGAGGGUUUGGAGGGACAGCAAGUGGAGUCCGCUGAAGCUCAGCUUGCCCUCGAACAAAUGGCUUUAUCCACAUAUGUAAUAUCUCACUUCCAUUUGCUUCUCAUCCUAUCUCAGUAUUGUAAUUAUGUGACCUAUGUCAACGCGGGGAUAGAGUCCUAUCAAUGCACUAACGCCUUAAGUACAAUGGAUAUCAACCAUAUUGACGAGGAAAUAGAUAAAAAUCGAUACUCGCACGCUGACGAAGUCUAAAUGUUAUCGAUUUUGACGAUUUCAUCGAAUUUUUUGAUCGAUAUAAAAUCAAUUGAAAUUUAGUAUUUGUUUGUUGGUUAAUGUUUUCUUAACUGUGUCCGUUGAGGCAGUGUUUGGUCGUGACCCUUUUAAAUUUAAAUUUAGAGCUCGAGGGCGCUAGCAAAGUCGCCAGUGCUGUAGUAACAUGACGUCCUAACUGACCGCUGACCGGCGGUAGCGGGAGAGAAUUGUGCUAGCUGUAGGAAUCGACCGUAUUAAAGCAUGUUGCGUUAAUGUCUGUUGUCUUGGUACCUUUCCGGACACAACAAGUGCCUGUGCAAUGCCAUGAGAAGCACUGCACGAGAGAUUACGAGACUGCGUCAUGUCAGUGAUUUAUUUCGAGGCGUAGCCCAGUUGACUACCGCCCGUAUGCAAUAUAUACUUUGGUUCAAAUAUCUUCGACGAAGAGGAACUGACCAGUAGGGGUUGAAUUCUACAAUAAAGAAGAGAAGUCGCUCAUCAGUAACUUAACUUUGUGAAUGUAAAUAACAGUUGCGUGAUGAGAAUUAUAAAACUAUAACUAGUAACAUAACCGGCAGAUAUGAUAUAAAGACUAAUUUCUCAGUAGUCAAUGUAACCGUGUAACGGUUAAGAAUUCUUAACAGAUGUGCGACAUUGACAUUUGAAAAUGUUCUUGCUGACUCGGCACAAAGGCCGGAGUAAAUUAUACCCCAUUGUAUCUGGGCAAGUGUUUAGGAGCAUAUUUAGUACUGUUCAAUUCUCGAAGAAAGUAUGCAUGAUCGCGUUCUGAUCUGUGACAAAUUCCACGGAAAAGCUCAUUCCUCGUAACCACAAUGCGAUAGACCAACUUAUAGUUUCAAUUCUCUCGGAUGAUUUUCUUUGCAAGUGAUCUUUAAGUUCUAUGAAAGAUUUGGUUCCAGGGCAAAACCGUCGGAGCAAGGUAGCGGUCCCAUUUCAUCUACUGUGCCCCGACGCUGUUUCUCCACGCCUUUUGUCUGGUGCUUCUUAGUACUGGUCCUAAGGAAGUACCCAGAGCUCGUUUGCAGCCUCCUCUUGAACACACUUUAGGAAUCUUUGACGGUAGGAAUAUUCCUUUAGUUUCAUCAUUAACGACUACCUGCGAGAUCCUGGACGCUUUGAUGGAGAGCGAUUGACUGCACAACGGCACCCAACGCAUGCUGGUGUUGCUCUAAAGAAGCAUCGUGGAGUUCAUUCCACAGUUCGUCUCCCCUCUUUCUUUCAUCGGGAAACAAGAUUGCUAAAUUUGAGCUUAAACUUGCCAAUGAUUCGUGAUCACCAAUCGAGGAUUUUGCCGAUAGCGUUUCUUCUCCAGGUUUCCACUUUUUCCCUCGAGUAGCAAAACUAUACAGGUUGGCACAAUGCAACGUCUUGAAAAUAUAAACUUCUGUAGAUGAUCCAAGUUCUUUCUAGUAAUUAAAAUCGACCGGAUUGUUAAGCUUAUAUUUAUUCAUCUACAAAACCUUUCUACUCGUUUUUGCCUCUUCUAUAAAGUUCUUACGAAAUGACUUCCGGCGAGUCGGUUCUUCCACCACCUUAGUCGUCACGACUCAGUCCGGGGAUCCGUUUCGCUUUCGCAAACUGUUAGCGAAAAUAAUUUUUCACUUUCUUAGUCUGCGAGCAGGCUCACGUUGGAGCACACGUUGGAGCAAUCAUGCUAGCAUGAGCGAAAAUGAAUCCUGACAUAAUUACCAUGGCUGGGUGUAAAUAAUGCAUUAAGCUGUUUAUCUGUUUCGGUUUGUAAUAUCGUGUAUCUUGAAAACUGAUACUUUCCUUGCACAUUUUCGGCGGCGGCUUUUUAACAGUGCUGACAUCCGAAUUUGAAGAAGAAAAACAACUGCCAAGUUCCAAUCUGUGCUCCGUGUGUCUUUUGAUUCAACCCUGCAGCAGUAACCGCUAGAAAUUCCCCUCUGUGACAGUUCCGGUGAGACUUGGUUGUUCCCCAGGUUGUUUAACAAA